UGCUCGGUGACUUGUGGUUUCAAUUCGUCCAAGGCUGCAAUUGCCUUUUUGUCCUUCUUUUCACUAUAUCGUUUGCGAAACGAAAACCCGUACAGCCAACCCUUCCUUCCUCUAAAUCGCAACUAAUCCAUCGACGACACAGCGCGAAGAUAAAAACAAAAAAAGGAGGAAUAAACUCCACAAUACGCACACACGCACGUCAACGUUAAAAACGCAAAGGCAUUUGAUUAAAUGUCGUAUCAGCAAGAAGAAAACGGACAUGGAUUACCUCCUUGGCCGCAACUUUCAUUCGUCCUGUCCAAGGAGAUCAUCAAGAACGAUCUGCACAGCACAUUCUUGACGUCUACAGAAUCACAGCAUUUCGAAUCAGCCGUCGAGACGUAUAGUCAAUGGUCCGCAUUUAUCAAUGCCACGCACGAAAAUCUACGGUCAUAUCCGGUUUCUGAACGCGCUAUCGCGGCCAUGCGUGUACGUGCCAUGUUGGCAGAACAAUUUAUACCCCACGUCUACCAUUCCAAUCAUCCUUGCUGUCAACACGCGCAACUUGACCUGGAUCGAAUAUGUCAAGAAACGCGGUCGUUGCAGCUACCUGAUAAUAUUAUCUCGGAUAGUCCGGUUGCAGUAGCCGCAGCAGCGAAACCACAGCAGGAUGUCUCUCCUCCAGGUCAAGAAGCGCCCCAACUCCAACAGCAAGAUACGUCGUUAACAGCAACUCCUGCAGAUGCAUCAUCACCGUCAGCACCGCUUGUGCCAAUAAAAAAGGAAGAGAACAAUAUGAACGCAGCGCCAGAUGUACAAUUACAACCUCCAGCACCGUCGUCGGUAUCAUCAUCAUCCAAAGAAAACGAAGAUUUAGCGACAAAAACGGAUGCAAUAGCUCCCACAUAUAGUGCUAAUAUACCAUUGCUCGACGUAUAUCAUACACUGGAUCAGGAUUAUGCAGCAAUGAUUGAAUUGCAAAAGCUGGAGGAAUCCGAGGCUCAAGAAGAAUUGAAUGAAGAAGAAGAUAAGGAUCAAGUAGAGGAACACUCGCUUUCCAUACUGAAUACAGCUGGCAAUUUCAAUCUCAAGUAUCUCCUUCAAGGGAUUGCGGCAAACCGGCAAAAAACCACACUUUCUGAUCGUGAUAUCAGGAAUCUUUUGUCCGAUUUCAAACCACAUCGAACGAAAUGGGCAAGCGACGAUAAAAUUGGCCAAGAAGAACUCUAUGAAGCAUGCGAAAAAGUGCUGACGGAUUUGAAGAAUUUUACGGAGCACUCAACGCCAUUUCUUAACAAAGUCAGUAAACGUGAGGCACCGGAUUACUUUGAUGUGAUUAAACGGCCUAUGGAUCUUGGAACUGUCACGAAGAAAAUGAAGGCUCUACAAUACAAAUCUAAAAAGGAAUUUUCUGAUGAUUUGUACCUUAUAUACGAAAAUUGUUUAUUGUAUAAUACGAAUCCUGCAAGUGAAUAUCGGAAACAUGCUGUUGCUAUGAGGCGGAAAACGGAUCGAUUGAUGGCAAAAGUGCCAGAUGUUACUGUCAAGGAUCGCGUAGAAGCGGAGACUGAAGAGUUUGGGGAUGAAGCGAGCGAAGAUGGGGAUUCGGAUAUUCAACGUGUAUCUCGAAAGGCUCCUGGAAGUCACAAGCAUUCUGCAGCCUCCCGAGCAAAGGAUGGAGAACUACCACGAGGUUCGCGCGAACGGUCGUUGACACGAGAGUCAAGUGCAGCACCAUCCACAUCCGAUAUUUUCGAUAAUGACAGCAGCAUGACACCAAACGGACACGCGCCGCAUAAAGCAUAUGGCGGGAAACAGGUUAGAGGCCAGGGCGGCGAUGUCGAUCCAGAAGAAGAAAAGGUUGUGGAUGUAGAACUUGCAGAGUUCAGCGAGUUGCAAGAUCAGAUAUGGCAUGAUCUGACCAAGAAAUCAAGAGCAAGAAUGGCGAGCGAUAUCGAAAAACAAUAUCAAUUUCCAUUUGGUGACCGAGCGGCAAUUACUCGUUCAUCUCUUGAGAUGGAGCGAUUUGCUAUGAUGGAGCAUAUGCACCGAAAACCAGAAACUGUUCAAAAACUGAUCAAAUGUCCAAGCGAUCGAUUCACAAAAUGGGCGGAACGGAAUGGACCCGCAAUCAGCUUGUACGACGAUGUGGAGUUCGAUUCAAGCGAUGAUGAAAAUUUGGACGUGUUCUUUUCUCGCAAAAUCGCGAAGCCUACCAAAACGGAGCAAGAUGAUGCCAUGCGGUCAGAUCUGUUUCUUCCCGAGUAUAUGCUUAUGAGUGGCAUACCUGAGAUCUAUAGCAUGCGAGACGAGAUAUUAGAUGUUAAUCACGACCCAGGGCAGGUGGUGCGCAGAGGAUCAAUAGAUACCACUUUUGAAACAGUCCAAACGAAACAAUAUACGGAUGUACCGCUGGACGUGUAUCCAUCCGUUAGGUUUCCUAAUCACGGAUUGGGCAGUAUGAUCGACAAGAAUUUAAGGCAGUUACAGAAGGUUCGCGUCGUUUACGCCAAAUGCAACGCUAUUCGAAACAACAUUCCAAUAUCUGCCCUUGCUUCAUCAAUAUCCCUUGCCGAUCCUUUAAUAGACGCUUCUAAUAACGCCAUAAUUCCCUUACCACCGAAAAACAAGCCGCUUCCACCACUUAUUAUCGAUCAAAACUCUGGUUUACAGCUUUUACAACGGACACUAUCAAAGUUACUCGGCCACGCUGGGUUUGAGGGAGCACAGACAAGCGCACUGAAUGUGUUGACUGAAUUAGCCAUCGAUUAUAUGUUGAACGUUGGCAGAACCAUACGGUCUUAUUGGGAUGAUUAUGGACGACAAAUGUCAAACGAGGAAAUAUUAAUGCAUGUAUUAUACGAAAAUGGGGUAUCGGAUAUUUCGGAACUGGAGUCCUAUAUACGCGACGAUGUGGAACGAUAUGGACAUCGAUUGGAUGAACUACAUCGGAGACUAGAAUCAUCCUAUCAGGACAUCCUUACUGGUCCUGUCGAGAAAUCCGAUGACGAAGGUUUCCUACAGGAUGAAGAAACAUUUGUUACUGGUUUGUUUGGCGAAGAUUUUGGAGAAGACUAUUUCGGUUUCAAGGAACUUGGUUUGGAUCGAGAAUUAAAUAUUGAUGCAUUUUCGAUUCCCCCACGACUAUGGUUUGGAGGAAACAAGGAGAAGGCUCAAAGCUCGAAAUCAUCAAGCAAAGAACCUGUUCUAAAAUAUCCACCGCCGCCACCUUUCUCGGCUAUCACUUCCGAAAAGCAGCUAAUUGGCUUAUUACAACCCGUGUUCCAGAAGAAACUUAGUGAAAGCACGGGCUCGCUAGUCGAGGAUGAAUACGUGCCCAAUCGACACCGCAACCGGCCUCGAUACCCGCCAACAAACAAGACAAUGAGUAAUCGCAAAAAACCAUUGAAGGACAGCGGUAUAAACAGUGCGUCAUCAGGAGCAGCAGGGGCUGGUGGUGAGAACCGCAAGACCAAGCGGAAACGGCCCCCAGAAGAAAUCAUGGCGAUCAAGGCUGAAAGAGCUGAGAAAAAGCGACAAAAACUAGAAGAAAAGGCGCAGCGAACGGCAGAGAAGGAGCAGAAGCGGAAAUUACGAGAAGAGUUAAAAGAGCAGGAACGACUAGCUAAACAAGAAGCAAAAGAGAAAAAGGUAAAAGUGCGAUAAUUGUCAAUAGGUAUUAUGAUUCUCGGGUUGUUUGUGUGUGCGGGGGCGGAGGGAAAAGGAAAGAAGCAAAGAAAAAGUAACAUGCUUGUUUUUCAACCAUCAGGCCCAGGCCAAAAAGGCAGCAGCUUCUGCCACUUCCUCCACCAACAACGGCAACACUGGUAGCAACAGUAACAACGACUCAUGACCCUAAACUCACUUUAUUCGCCCAUCUUACCCACAUAAACAAACUCGCACAUUUACAACUCAACCCUUUCCCAU